AUAUACCCAAACUCCUCUGCAACCUGUCUCCUCAAGUAUAAAGGCAAAAGGAAAGCAGAUAAUAAAUAUUCUUUGCUAUAUUUUAAAGCAUUUACAUGCCGAUUAUUGUAAAUCCCUGCAAAUUCUGAUCUCUCAUACUUUUUUCUGAAGCGAUGCUGCCGAAAAUUUUUCCUUUUCUGAAAAGUUGCAGUUGAAUUUCUCUUUUGUCUGAAGCGUUGUAGUUGAAAAUUUUCUUUAUGACAAGUUGAAGCCUGCAAUUUUCUUUCUGCCAUGCAAUAAUACUGCAGAAGAAGCAUUUACAUACCUAAAUUCCGAAGAAGCAAAGAUGGCUUAUGUUCCACCGCACAGGAGAGUACAGUCGUCGUCUAAGCCUGAAAUCCCUGCACUCUCUUUCAACAGACUAUACAAUUACCCUGCGGCGAACGAUCCUGUAUUUAUGUGGUUUCCUGUUGACGAAAAUGUCAAUCCGCCGGCAAAUGUGAAGCUAGAGUUCAAGCCCUGUCCGGGCAGAUCAUUUCCAUAUCUGAAAGACAAAAUGCUUUACUCCAUUUCUGUAAACCCCCAUUCUGUAGACGAUGUGGAAAAUGAUAUGAGAUUCUUAAUGAUCAAUGCAACCCAUCCAUGGAGAUAUACGUGUGAGAAAAUAAAGGGUGAUUUAAGACAAUGUUUUCAAAGACUUGAGAAUCAUGUCAAAAAGUCAAAGGUUGACUAUGCCAAACCUGCUUUUACAAUACGAUUUGGAAAAAUUCUCUUUCAUAGUGUUAGGUUACCAUGGCAUGAAUGUGUUAGCUUAUAUACCCUGGAGAAAAUUUGGAAGCGUGAAAUAAGCCAUCAAUUUUUAUUGAAAAAAAUAUUUGAUAGACACAUUCCAAAAGAUCUUUUUGAAGCCCUAAAGGAAAAGACCAUUACAAGUUUAGAAACACCAGCAUUGAAAGAGAAAGUUGUCUAUAUAAUUAUGGUUGGGGACAAUUUGAAUUCUAGUAUUCAUUUACGGUUAACAUGUCGCAAGAAAGAUACAAAUGGCAAACAACUUGAACUCAAGAAGGUGUACAAUGAUGGAGAUUGUGUCUCUUUGUUUCCUAUACAGAUCGAACUGGAUCCCCUGAAACAUUUUGUUGCAGAUACAUCUUGCUUGAACAAGGUGAUGGAUUGGCGCUUGUUGGGCACAGAAAAGUAUCAGAUAGAUCUACAUGAAGAAGAUAAAGAAAGUAUUUUGGGAAUAGUGAAUUCUGCCCGCAUUGAAGUGAGUGCAAAAGGGGGAUUACAGUGGCCCAAUGGAGGCUCUGUGAGAAAUAGAUUUAAGGCCACAGAAGCAUGGACUCUCAAUGUAACCACCAUUGUUGGGAAAACAUGGGACAUGAAAUUUCAGCAGGCAAAUAGAGUAAACCUCAAAGAUUCUUCUGGAACGGUGUCAAAUGAAAUAGAUAUAAAGCUCAAAAGUAUAACCAAAUAUUUGAGGGAUCAAAGACAAUGGGAGGAAGAUAACAUAAUGAAGAUACUGGAAGAUAGCUUGAAAUGGUUUUGGAUGGAAGGUUUACAGGAACGUAGUCUCGUGCACAAAGAUUAGCAUCAAUGAAUCCAUUUAGGGGUAGUUUGAGACAAUCAAGGCCUAUUAUGAUGAACUGCUUAAUUGAACUGAACCUGUAUCUCUUUUUGCAUGACAAUAUUGUUCUUGAGACAAAGUGUUUUGAUGGGAAGGAAUAUGCUUUAAUUUCUUCAGAUCAUAGGUAGGAUUAGUCCACAGAUUAUAUCUUAUUAUUGAAGUGAAUAAGCAUCCGAUUUAGAAACUGAUUCUAGAACAGUAUGAUUCAGUGGCACUUGACACUUAUAAAUGACAUUGAAAAGAUAUAAUGUUGGAUUUGAAAUAUUUGGAUUAGACUUUGAUAAUAUCAAAUGUUUUGUUUUCCAAAGAGGAGCAAUUUUAUAUGUUUUUGUCGCUCAUUUGUAUGAAGCGUCCUCUUUUAUAUGUUUUUGUCGCUCAUUUGUAUGAAGCGUAUGUCAGAUGUGAAAAAAAUGGAUGAUUUUGUUCUUGA